AUGUAUUCGAUUUGCAAAUAUCUGGUUGAAACUCUUUUGGAAGCAAGGGAAGCAGAAUACAGAGCAUGGGCGCAUGUUCAAAGUUUGAAAUCAUCUCUUGAUGAGCACAACUUAGAACUUCGAGUUAAAACAGCAAGUGAAUCAGAAGCCAGAUCACAGCAAAACCUUGUUGCGGCUGAAGCUGGGAUUGCAGACACGAGACAUAGAUUAGAUGAUUCUAAAAGGGGGAUGUGUGAAAUGUCUGAUGUCUUAAGAACUAAAAAUGAAGAAAAUGAAGCCUACUUAUCUGAAAUAGAGACUAUUAGACAAGCAUAUGAUGACAUGCAAACCCAAAACCAACAUCUGUUGCAUCAGAUUACUGAGAGAGAUGAUUACAAUAUUAAGCUUGUUUUAGAAGGUGUAAGGGCCAGACAAAAACAGGAUUCUUUGAUUUUGGAGAAGCGAUUAAUGGAUCAAGAGAACCAGCAAUCAAAUGUAUCUUUGAAUUUAUACAAUACCAAAGCUGCAAGAAUUGAAGACCCGUCGAGGUUUUGCUCAGAUCAGAUUCAAAAACUUGAGGACAACAAACUUCAAAGUUCUGCCUGUUUGGAAAAUACACAAAGAAGGCUGUCAGAUAUUAGACCAUCAUCGCAACAGGUUAGGGAUUCAUUGGUGGAAUUGCAAGCUAGAAUUACCAGUAGUCGGGUGACUUGUAUGGAGUUACAAACCGAACUUGAGAAAGAAAGGUUUGCCCAAAAAACAGUAGAGGAAGACCUGGAGGUUGCUAGGAGAAACUUGUCACAACUUAAAGCACAAAAUGAGGAUUCCUCGGUAACUGAUAAGCUUCAACAGGAACUUGGAGAGUACAUGGAAAUUGUCAAGUGCAGUAUCUGUCGAGACAGGACAAAAGAGGUCUUCCGCAUGUUCAAUAGUGUUAACCGUAACAACAACUUCAACAAGCAUAACUCACCAACAAUAGUUUUUGAGCAAACAACUCGGUGA